UCAAAACAAAAGAAUAAUAAUCUUGCCGGCACAAAUCCAACACAAGCCUGUUCCUGAGAACAAGGGUAAACCACAACUCUGUACCAAACAAAUCAUCAGGCAAGCUCUUCCUCCUAAUCAUAGUCAUUUGGCGGUGGUGGUCGUUGGCCACGUUCGUUUCCAUGCAUAUGUCCAACUGAACGCCCCGUGCCGCGUCCCGCGUCGACGUCGUGCCCUCCCAUCCGGAUUUGGCUCGCGCGGCGCGGCGGCGUCGGGCUCCGGUUGCGCGCGCCAACGCCAACGCCAACGCCAACGCCAAAUGCCGUCGUCCGAUGGCGGCCAGUCAAGCAGCAGGCUCGUCGUCGGCGUGCUCUCGGCGUGCCUGCUGGUGGCCAUGGUCAUCGGGACGGUGGUGUUCUUCGUGAACGAGAUGGCCGGCUACGGCUCGGAGAGCAAGCGCAGCAUGAGCAAGACGAUGCGCAGCGUGGAGCUCUUCUGCGCGCCCGCCGACUUCCAGGGCACCUGCCGCGACACGCUGGAGUCGGCGCUGUCGCGGACGGACCCUGCCGAGCACCCGCACGCCGCCGCCGCCGCCGCGAUCACCGCCGUGGAGCGCGCGCUGGCGGAGGGCUUCAACCGGACGUCGGUGCUGGACGCGGUGCGGCAGAGCAACGACACCCUGGUGUGGGAGGCCAUCCGCGACUGCCGGAUGCUCCUGGAGGACUGCCAGGGCAACGUGCAGCGCGCGCUGUCCAGCAUCGCGUGGCGCGGCGUGGACGGGCCCGCGCAGGACCUCCAGUCCUGGCUCAGCGCGGUGAUCACGUUCCAGGGCUCCUGCGUCGACAUGUUCCCCAAGGGGGAGGUCCGCGACGAGGUGAACGCCACCAUGGAGAAAGCGAGGGAGAUCUCCAGCAACGCCCUCGCCAUCAUCAAGCAGGGCGCCGCACUGGCCUCCAUGAUCGACAUCAACGGCGGCCCCGACGACGGCGACGACGACGCGAACGGCAAGGGCGAACGUCAGCUGGAGGAAGAGGGGGAACCCGCGUCGUCGGCGUCGUCCGUCCCGACGUGGGUGCCCAGCGAGGAGAGGAAGCUGCUCGGCGUCAAGGGCGGCAGGCGCAAGGCCGCGCUCACGCCCAACGUGACGGUGGCCAAGGACGGCAGCGGCGACUUCGCCAACAUCUCGGCCGCCCUGGACGCCAUGCCGGAGAAGUACACCGGCAGGUACUUCAUCUACGUCAAGGAAGGCGUGUACGACGAGAUGGUCAACAUCACCGGCAGAAUGGCCAACGUCACCAUGUACGGCGACGGGUCCAAGAGGUCCGUCGUGACGGGCAACAAGAACAUUGUGGACGGCGUCAGGAUGUGGAGAACUGCAACUUUUGCGGUAGACGGCGACAGUUUCAUGGCGAUGAAGCUGGGCAUCAAGAACACGGCGGGGGUGGAGAAGCAGCAGGCGCUGGCGCUGCGGGUGAAGGGCGACAAGGCCAUCUUCUUCAACUGCCGGAUCGAGGGCAACCAGGACACGCUCUUCGCGCAGGCGUACCGGCAGUUCUACCGCAGCUGCGUCAUCUCCGGCACCGUGGACUUCAUCAUGGGCGACGCGGCGGCGGUGUUCCAGCGCUGCCUGCUGGUGGUGCGGCAGCCGCGGCAGGGACAGCCGGCGGUGGUCACCGCGCAGUCGCGGCGGGACCACCAGCAGACCACGGGCUUCGUCAUCCACCGGUGCCAGAUCGUCGCCGACGAGGAGCUCGCCGGCAGCAACAAGAACAAGUCCGGGUCGUCGGCGCUGGUCACGACGUACCUGGGCCGGCCGUGGAAGGAGUACGCGAGGACGGUGGUGAUGGAGUCCAUCAUCGGCGGGUUCGUGCACGGCCAGGGGUACAUGCCGUGGGAGGGCAAGGACGACCUGGGCACGGCCUUCUUCGGCGAGUUCAGGAACGGCGGCGACGGCGCCAACGCCACCGGGCGGAAGGAGAUGAAGGGGUUCCACGUGAUGGGCAAGGACAAGGCGCUGCGGUUCACGGUGGGCCACUUCCUGCACGGCGCCGACUGGAUACCGGAGACCGGCACGCCGGUGAGCUUAGGCUUGUCCGGCGAGGAAGAGUAAUUAAUUUGUUGUGUUUUGUGUAGACACGGUGACUGUGAGUGUGUGUGUGUGUGUGUGUGUGUGUGUGUGUGUGUGUGUGUGUGUGUGUGUGUGUGUGUGUGUGUGUGUGUGUGUGUGUGUGUGUGUGAAUAUAAUCUGUAUAUGUAUGUGCAGCUGAUCAAAUACGUCGUACGAGGUGAGCAUUCGUGUAUGUAAAUGUGUGUGCACACGCUUGAUUGCUCGGAUUAUAAGCACUGAUGCGUGUACACAGAAAAGAUAGUGUUCGUAUACGCCAUACAAGUAGAACAGGAUACAAAUUGUGUAUUCGAUUUGACUUUGGAAGUCGAACACUCACUGUAACACCCAAAAUGUGAAUUUCAAUUAAUAGGAAUUAAUUUGAUUUA